UUAUAAGCACACUAAAAGGAAAACCAUCAACAAGGACAAGGUACAAUCAAGCCGGGGACUAGAUUCAAUAGGUCUAGCUCUGAAACUUUUUAUUGACAUAGUGAGCAAGCAUAAUUUUAUAAAAUGGCAGGCAGAGUUUUUCUUUCCAAAGAUCCAGCAUGGCUGAAGCUGAAAAGCUUUUAUGAAGCCAAUGUAAAACAGUUAAAAAUGUUAAAUUUAUUUAAGGAAGAUCCCCACAGAUUUGAGAAAUUCAGCAUUAAAUUGGAUGGAAAAGAUGGUCCACUUCUUGUUGACUUUUCAAAAAAUUUGAUCAACGAUGAAGUCUUCCAGCUGCUAAUAAAUCUGUUGAGAUCUGCACAAGUGGAGAAAAUGAGAGAUGCCAUGUUUGCUGGUGAAAAGAUAAAUUUCACUGAAGAUAGAGCAGUUCUACACAUAGCCCUGAGAAAUCGAUCAAAUACCCCAAUCCUUGUGGAAGGAAAAGAUGUGAUGCCAGAUGUUAAUGCAGUGCUAAAACACAUGAGAGAGUUUUCUGAUAAAGUCAGAAGUGGUUCCUGGCUUGGCUACACUGGAAAAGCUAUCACUGAUUGUGUUAACAUUGGCAUUGGUGGCUCAGACUUGGGCCCUGUGAUGGUGACAGAGGCUCUCAAGAAAUACCAAUGUGGCCCUACUGCUCACUUUGUGUCUAAUGUGGAUGGAACUCAUAUGGCUGAGACUUUGAAAAAGCUGAAUCCUGAGACCACUUUGUUUAUAAUAGCCUCCAAGACUUUCACCACACAAGAAACCAUUACUAAUGCUGAGUCAGCCAAAGCUUGGUUCCUUCAGCACGCUCAUGAUGAAGCAGCUGUAUCUAAGCAUUUCGUUGCUCUAUCAACUAAUGCUCCCAAAGUGAAACAGUUUGGUAUAGAUGAAGCCAACAUGUUUGAAUUCUGGGAUUGGGUAGGAGGACGUUACUCCUUGUGGUCAGCCAUUGGUCUGUCGAUUGCACUCAUGAUUGGUAUGGACAACUUUGAACAACUUCUAGAAGGGGCACAUCAAAUGGACAGACAUUUUGUGGAGGCUCCAAUUGAGAAAAAUAUCCCAAUGAUACUUGCUGCUCUUGGAAUCUGGUACUCCAAUUUCUAUGGUGCUCAAUCUUACACCAUACUGCCAUAUGAUCAAUAUCUCCAUCGUUUUCCUGCAUACUUUCAACAAGGUGACAUGGAGAGCAAUGGGAAGUACAUCACCAGAUCUGGACAGAGGGUGGACUAUACCACUGGACCUGUGGCUUGGGGUGAACCUGGCACUAAUGGUCAGCAUGCCUUCUAUCAGCUCAUACAUCAAGGUACACAUAUCGUUCCUUGUGACUUUCUGAUACCUGUAGAAACCCACAACCCAAUACAAAAUGGUCUUCAUCAUCAGAUAUUGUUGUCCAACUUCCUGGCACAAACAGAGGCUUUGAUGAGAGGUAAAACUCUGGAAGAAGUCACAGCAGAACUGAAGGCUUCUGGGAUGAGUGAAUCUCAAAUCAAUUUGAUUGCACCACAUAAGGUAUUUGAAGGAAAUAGACCCAGUAAUUCCAUAGUGUUUCAGAAACUGACUCCAUUCACUUUAGGACAACUAAUCGCCAUGUAUGAAAUGAAGAUAUUUGUCCAAGGUAUUGUUUGGGACAUCAACUCAUUUGAUCAAUGGGGAGUUGAACUUGGCAAAGUUUUAGCCAAGGCUAUCCUACCAGAACUGACCACACCAGAUGUGAUUAGUACCCACGACAGUUCCACCAAUGGCCUGAUCAACUUCAUUAAGGCACGCAAACACUGAGAAACCUUGUCCAAUAAGUAGCAUGAUAAGCUUGCCGUCUGCUUGUUCUGUCAUGCUGUCGGCACACAUUUAAUCCUUGAUAAUGAAUAAAUUCAUGUGUGUGCCUGA